AUGAUGAUCACGCCGAUAGGGCGACUGAAUGGCGCAGGAAACGCGCACAAUGAGCGCGCACGUCACCGCGCAAAAAACAAACAUCAUGGGAACCGGCAAUUAGACAAAACGUGCACUGGGAAUCGCGGUCAGAGAGCUACCCUGGCGGAGAAGGAAGUCACGACGCUCAAGGAGCAGCUCGCUACGACCAGCCCUACGCCCCUCCAAGCCACGGUGCCCCCAAAGACCAAUGGCUCUCAUAUAGAGGCCACGAGGGAUCAGGCGACAGAGACCAGGAUACCGGAGAGACUGAGCCCCGACAUCAAAAGAGGAAAAGAGACGGUCGCCAGACAU